CCUCCUCUCUCUCCCCCACAGCCACCGCCCGCCGCCGCCGCCUCGCUCGCCACGUCCACUCCUCCUCAUCCAACCUCACACCUCUCUCGCCUCGUCGCCUCGCCGGAGCAUGCUCUCUUCCUCCUCGUCCUCGUCGGCGCACGGCUCGCGGCGUGUCCGCAUUGGCUGAAGAUCGAUCGAUCGAUCGCCGCGUCCACACCGCUGGUUUUGGUCGGCGCUGUGGUGCUCCGCCUGCGGAGGCGGGUGGAGGGUGGUGGUGGUGGUGGUGGUUGGUUUGGUUGGCGCGGUGCGGGGGCGCGGGCGCGGGCGCUGACUUUGAGUGGAAGGAAUUCAACGAAGCUUCGGCGUGGACGCGCGGCGUCGGCGUUCGUCCUGGUUCGCUCGCUGCUGAUCUUCCGGGGGGCGGGAUUUGUUACCAUCGAGCAUUGCUUGUGAGUGGUGUGUGGAUGGGCGUGGUGGAUUUCGCGGCGAUGGUGGGGGCGGUGGAGAAGGUCAGAUCCAUCGUCGCAAGCCACGCGCACCAGCACAAGGGCGGCGGCGGCGACGGGGACGGGGAGGCGCGGCGGCGCUACCAGGGAGAGGGCGCGCCGAGGCCACGCAGCCCGGAGUCGCGCUCCGCCUUCGAGCCGCCCACGCCGCCGCGCGCCCGCGCGCCCGACGCGAGAUCCGGGACCAAAGGCGACGCCGCUCCCUGCUCGCCUCCUCCCUGCCGCGAUAUUAGGCGAGCAGAUGAGGAGAUUGACGAACCCAGGGUCCAGUUUUUUGCCCCAGGGACUUACUUCUCACAUGACUCUUCAGAUUCAGAUUCUAGUGUUAGUGUUGCUAACUCAAUGUACAGAUCAGUAACCCCAAGCCCAUCAGAGAGCCCUACGGUUAGGCAGAAUGAUGCUUCUGAUCAUGGUGCUACAACCAUGUCUGACUCAGAUGAUGCUCGGGAGCAUGUCGGUGCUAGCAUAGCUUCCUGGUGUGAAGAGGAGCAUAAAUCAUUCCGUAUUGUUGAUUUUGAUGAUGAUAUUUGGUACCCACCACCUCCUGAAGAUGAGAGCGAUGACGUUGAAUCAAAAUUAUGUGCAUUUGAUGAUGAGGACGAUGAAUAUGGUGACUCCAGCAAUUUUGUUGUGCCUAAUUGCUUCAGUGCUGAUAAAUUUGCUGGUGUUGAUAGUUCCGUUAAUGGAUCUCACAUAGAGAAUGUUCAAAAUGAUUUGCUAAGGCAUUUUCAAGCUCUAGUUGCACAGUUGUUAACAGGGGAAGCUAUUAGUUUGGCCAGGGACAAAGAAUCAAAAGGUUGGCUUGAGAUAGUGUCCUCUUUGGCAUGGCAAGCAGCUAACUUUGUGAAACCUGAUACAAAGAAAGGUGGUAGCAUGGAUCCUAGUGAUUACGUGAAGAUUAAAUGCAUAGCAUCGGGGAAACCAAGUGAGAGCAAUUUUGUUAAAGGAAUUGUUUGCUCCAAGAAUGUAAAACACAAACGCAUGGUCUCUGAGCACCAGAAUGCCACAUUGCUCAUUUUAGGAGGGGCACUUGAAUACCAGAAAGUUUCUAAUAAACUAGCCUCGAUAGGAACUAUACUUGAACAGGAAAAGGAACAUCUCAGAAUGAUUGUUGGAAAGAUCGAGUCAAGACGACCUAAUGUGCUGCUUGUUGAGAAAAGUGUCUCUUCUUUUGCUCAGGAGCUCUUAGCAAAAGAUAUUUCAUUAGUUCUGAAUGUGAAGAGGCCACUUUUGGAUAGGAUAUCAAGAUGCACGGGUGGUCAAAUUGCCUCAUCAAUUGACAACAUUGCCUCAGCAAGACUAGGCCAUUGUGACACGUUCAAGGUGGAAAAAGUUCUAGAAUCCUCAACAGAACAUUCAGAGAAAAAGUCAACUAAGACACUUAUGUUCUUUGAAGGCUGUAUGAAGCGUUUGGGUUGCACGGUUCUACUCAGAGGAGCUUGCCGGGAUGAAUUAAAAAGAAUUAAGCGAGUAAUGCAACUUGCAGUCUUUGCUGCUUAUCAUCUCUCCCUUGAAACGUCAUUCUUUGCGGACGAGGGUGCAACACUUCCAAGAGUUCCUUCAACAUCUUCUGUAGGUGCACCAGAAAUGCAAACCAAUAGAGAGCACCUAUCAUCUUGUUAUGCUAAUCAGGGUAGUCCUGUUAGUUUGAGAACUGAAGAAGAAAAAUAUGCACACAAUGCUUCUAUCAGCCAGAUCUUUAAUGGUAUUUCUGGACCGCCAACUUUUUUACCAUUGGAUGGGGAAAGCCAGGGAAUAGUAUCUGAACAUAGGGAGGUUGAAUCCCCUGCCAAUCAUAUUAAAGGUGACAAUUCGUUCCACUCGCACCAUCCAAAUGCUUUAUGCAAUGUGCAUUCAGUUUCCUUGGGCAACAACCUUGGUAGUAUGGGUGUGACACCAUAUUAUGAUCCGUGCAACUCUUUGCAAUCCCCAGUUGGUGUUUCGGCUAAUAUACUUGGAGAAGUACAUAAUCUGGAAAACUGUGGGUGCCCCAUAUCACUAGAUGACUUUCAUGUUGGAGGCCUGAAUGACCAGAACAAGCUUUCAGGUGGUUAUUUCCCUGGUACUGACAACCAUCAGAGCAUCUUAGUUUCAUUCUCAAGCACAUGCAUCCCAAAAAGCUUGGCAUGCGAGCGUUCUCACCUCUUCCGCAUCAAAUUUUAUGGUAGCUUUGAUAAGCCACUUGGGAGAUACCUUCGAGAAGACUUAUUUGACCAGGCAUAUUGCUGCCCGUCAUGUAAGGAGCAUUCAGAAUCACAUGUUAGGUGCUACAAGCACCAGCAUGGAAGCCUAACAAUCAGUGUUAGACGUCUUGUAUCUCAAAAAUUACCAGGUGAACAUGAUGGAAGGAUAUGGAUGUGGCACAGAUGCACGAGAUGCAAACUCGAGGAUGGAAUGCCUCCCGCAUCACAUAGAGUAAUCAUGUCCGAUGCUGCUUGGGGUCUAUCAUUUGGGAAAUUCCUAGAGCUCAGCUUUUCGAAUCAUGCGACUGCCAACCGACUUGCCAGUUGUGGUCACUCUCUCCAGAGGGACUGCCUUCGUUUCUAUGGGUACGGAAAUAUGGUAGCUGUCUUCCAGUACAGUCCUAUGGUUACUUUAUCUGUUAACCUGCCACCCUCAAUGCUAGAUUUCAAUUGCCAUAGUACACAAGAAUGGGUUAAAGGAGAGGCAGUUGCGGUAUUUGGUGAAAUGGAAUCCUUACAUGCGGAGGUAUAUGGAUUCCUUUCUAAUACUGAAAAGAGUAUCAUAACCAUGGAUGAAUCAUUAAAAACUGGCAUAGAAAGACAGAUCAUUGAGAUGAAGGAUUUGCUUAACAUGGAAAGAAAUGAAUAUGAGACUUUGCUUCUACCAGUUAUCAGGGGGAGUACCCAUUCCAUGAAAUCAAGUAUUGAUAUUUUGGAGCUCAACCGUCUGAGACGUGGUCUCCUCCUAGAUGCUUACAUUUGGGACUGCAGGCUUUGUAACAUAAGUUCAAUAACAAAAGAUGGCCGUGCUUCUAGAAUAAAGGGUUCGGAAGCUGAAUUACACCAGGCAAUUACAAAUCACGGAGAAAUGCAUCAAGAGCCUUCUACUUGUCCACAGUGUUCUUCAGGAAGUUUAAGAAAAUCUCUACUAUCUAGAGAGGGCCAUUCCAUGGACACUGAGAUUAUCUUGCCUGAGAUAGAUUUGCCAGUUGGUAUGGUGGAUAGUUUUGUGCAUGAUAUAGGAGGCCUUGACUUGGUUUUCAGCAAAUUUGAUGUGUCGGGAAUAGCACAGAGUCUAUCAAAAGAUUCCAUCAAGACAGAACCAGUGGAGAGAUUACCCUCACUUGCAUCUAUUUUAUCUGAUAAAAUAGAUAUGGCAUGGAGUGGAUCUUGUGAAUUACACAACAACCUCCCUGAGAGUACAACCAAAGGCAAUGAAAAUCCAAGUUACAGUAAAGCAAUCCCCCCUGUUCGCAUCCAUUCAUUUGAUUCUAUAUUCAGAUUGCAUCAGCGGGAAUCAACGGGAUUAUUGCCUGCUUCAUUGCAUUUGUCCUCAAAGUCAGUUGAUUCCUUUCGAGAUUUGACAAGCCUAGUAAAAGAUCCGCUGACAAACAUGCGGAGGGCCUUUUCUCACAUAUCUCCCAGGGAAAGAGGAAACUUAAAUGUCCUUACUCAUUUGCCAACGUAUAUCAGGUCUGCUGCUCAUAUGGUGAGCGAUGGGGCACGACUAUUACUGCCUCAUAUUGACUUUGAAGGUGGCGUUGUUGUUGCUGUCUAUGAUGAUGAGCCAACCAGUAUUGUGUCGUAUGUCAUGACAUCACAAGAAUACAUUGAACACAUCACACAUAAAAUGGAUACGAAGAGCAGCUUUCAUCAUCCAGUAAAUUGUGCUGUGGCCAGUAAUAACCAAUUUGAGGAAUCUUUUCUCCCACAAGAAGGCCAUUCAGAAUUUAAAGGAACCCACUUCAGUUUUUCUUUUGAUGAUGAAGCAUUUUCUGCUGAUAAUACAAAGUUUUCUGUGACAUGUUAUUUUGCAAGGCAGUUUGCUGCUCUUAGAAAGAAAUGCUGCCCAGGUGAUAUUGAUUACAUACGCUCACUAAGUCGUUGUAAGAGAUGGAGUGCACAAGGUGGAAAAAGCAAUGUAUACUUUGCAAAGACAAUGGAUGAGAGAUUCAUAAUUAAACAGGUCACCAAGACAGAGCUGGACUCUUUUAUAGGAUUUGCUCCUCACUAUUUCAGGCACUUGGCAGAAUCACUAACUUCUAGGAGCCCGACUUGUUUGGCUAAAAUAAUGGGACUUUAUCAGGUUAAUAUUAAGGGCUUGAAAGGAGGGCGUGAGGUAAAGAUGGAUCUUAUGGUGAUGGAGAACAUUUUCUUCCAACGAACAAUAUCUAGGGUCUAUGACCUAAAGGGUUCCGUGCGGUCACGCUAUAAUUCUGAUACAUCCGGCCACAAUAAAGUACUUUUAGAUUCUAAUCUCAUAGAGGCACAGCAUACAAAUCCUAUAUUUUUGGGGAGCAAGGCAAAACAAAGAAUGGAAAGAGCUGUCUGGAACGAUACAUCAUUCCUUGCGUCAUUGGACGUCAUGGACUACUCGCUUCUGGUCGGCGUAGACGAGAGGAAGAACGAGCUCGUGAUCGGCAUCAUCGACUUCCUCCGGCAGUACACCUGGGACAAGCAGCUGGAGACGUGGGUGAAGGCCUCCGGCAUCCUGGGCGGCUCCAAGAACGAGGCCCCCACCGUCAUAUCGCCGGUCCAGUACAAGAAGAGGUUCAGGAAGGCCAUGUCGAGGUACUUCCUCGCCGUCCCCGACGACUGGUCCUCAUCAUAACAGGGCUUUUCCUGCCUCCCUCUUCCACCCUACCCUACGUUGAAGCAGAAUCGUCACCGUUUCAUCCCCGCUGUAAUUUUUUUUUGAGCAAAAUGGGGGUGAAACGAGACAGGUAGCCAUUUAGCCAACCAUUCUUUAAUUGGUUCGGUCACUUACUAACAUUGUUGUAGCCUUAGAAUGAUAGAAAUCAUAGAAUAGAAACAGAGGAUCAGGCCACCUUGUCGUGUGUGGGCUGGACACCAAGCAUGCCAAUUGCAGUGUCUUUCUCCCCGUGAUCUCAAGGCGGAAAAAGGCUUGGUCCCUGUAGAAUGUGCAUUUGCUGCUAGCGAAGGCGGAUUAUUCGACGCCGUGCUGUGCCUCAUUUCUUCUGAUUUGAUUACCUCUGGUAUCCAUAUAGAAUUGUACAAGAUAGAGGGCAGGUCAAUAAAGGUGUAACAUCUCGAUUACUUGUGAAAUUUGUAACAGCUCAGUUACUUGUGUUAAAGAUGUAUCAGUUCAGUUACUUUGUCAUAGUACUGUACUUUCAUUUU